UAGUGACUGUGUCAGCCCGUCACUUCCACAGAUGCCUCCGUUUCAGGAAGGCCGGUGGGCAGCUUAACGCAACUGAAGAGCGAACAGCGGCCACGUAUUUACGGGAUGUUAUGAAUUGAGUUCAACAUUUGACGGGCAGUAAGGAUCGUGCUGGUGUCCUUUUGUGAACGUGAAAGGCUACGCGGCCAGCAGAAGUUGGGUUAGCUAGCAGGAGGCGUUUUGCUCCUAGCUUACAUAAGCUAGCAAGCUAGCAGCCUGGCUAGCAAGCUAGCAGCCUGGCUAGCCUGCCGUCCACUUUUCAGUCGAUUUCCGCUGGGAUUCGGCGCCAGAAGACGAGGGGGUCGACAAGCGACUGGUGUUGACGACCUCUUCGGAAAGACGUCGGGUUCUCCUAUGGUCUGGCCACGCUAAAUCGUCAGUGUGAAAAUGUCAACCACUUCGCUGGACAGGGAACUGCAGGAGCGACUGCGAGAGGCGUCCGCGAUCGGAGACAUCGACGAAGUGCGGACAUUGGUGGAGAGUGGCGUAAACGUCAACUCACAGAACGAGAUAAACGGAUGGACAUGCUUGCACUGGGCUUGCAAGAGGAACCAUAAACAUAUUGUGUCCUACUUGCUUAGUUCUGGAGCAGACAAAGAGAUCCUUACAGCUAAGGAUGAGCUGGCUGCACAGCUGACAUCUAAACCAGAGAUCAAACGACUGUUAGGAGUUGAGGUGGAGGACGUGCCUGAAGUCAAGGAGCCAGAAUUGCCAAUCAUCCCCAACUACCUGUCUAAUCCUCCCUUCAUGUACAGCAAGAUGGACAAGGCAGAGGUAAUCCUGGCCCAGCAUUUUAGCCAGAAUGGCUCAGGGGACCAUGCAGAGGACCAACACAGUGAUUCAGCAUCACUUUCUCCUACUCAUGAGCCUAUGCAACCACAGAGCCUGGCCCCUGACAUCCCUACUACCAACCCAACUGUCCACAGCCAAGGUCAAGUGGGAGCAUUCAUCAAUAUUUCUGAGCAGAACGGUGUUGCUCCCAGCCCGACUUCCUCCCACCACCACUCUACAGUUAACGGGGCUUUGCUUAUGGACCUGUCAGUGGAGCACCACUUGGUCAACCAUGCCGACUACCCUCAUACCUUGGCCCACAAUAGUGCCAUGUGCUCACCACCAAUCGCCUCCCCUAGCCCCAGCACAGCCAGCAGUAGUGGAAACCAGGUCCAGGCCCCAUUGGCUAGCACUAACCCUACAAAGAGCAGAAAGCAAUCCAUUCCUCAGCAGCUGAGCUGUGGCCAGGUCGGGGGGCCGAUGCCAGCUUUCCAGCCUUUUUUUUUCACCAGUACCUUCCCUGUUAAUGUGCAAGAGCUGGUGUUGAAGGUGCGUAUCCAGAACCCCAAUGCACGAGAGAAUGACUUCAUUGAAGUUGAGCUGGAUCGCCAGGAGCUAACAUAUCGCUCCCUCCUGAGGGUCUGUUGUCGCGAGUUGGACAUCAGUGCCGAGCAUGUGGAGAAGAUCCGUAAACUGCCCAACACCAUGUUAAGAAAGGACAAAGAUGUGGCGCGGUUGCAGGACUUCCAGGAGCUGGAAGUGGUUCUGGAGAAGGCUGAAGGUCUGCCUCUCUUUUCUGGGACCGGGAGCCUCACCGACAGACCCUGCUACAACAUGAAGGCCUCUCGCCUCACCUACUAGAGCCACUAUUGAGCCAAAAUUGCCCUUGCGAUAAUGGCUUUAUUUAGCAAACACCAAGCAACCACAGCCAUCUGGGCCCCAUGUUGCUGUUCUGUUCUGUUUUGUUUGGCCAAAUUGUUCAACAGGAUUCAUGUUCUCAGUUCUGUAGCUAUUGUCCUCCUUUCAUUCUCUGGCCCUCUUCUGCUGUAGUUUACCCAACCAGCGCUAAGCAAUUACUCAUGCAUGGUGUCCUCAGAUAUGCGCUGAAGUAUUCGGGCCUCUAUUCCCCCACCUCUCUUCUCUCUCUUUCUAUCCUCUGCACAUUGUGCCGAGACUCCAGUGGAACGUCAAAAGGGGACAGCAGGUCGUCUUGACUGGUCUUCAUGGGACUCAGCAAUAGCCUUAAAUGGAAACAUUCCCAUAGUAGCCAUCUAUGACCAUAGACAAACACGGUAUGAUAAAAGCAGGACAAGAGGCAACAGAAGUGGUUUGCAUAACUUUUCGUGAUAAAUUCUCCAGAAGUCUACGGCACAGUACAAAGUUGCAGCGCAGUGGACUUGCAUAUAGCAACUUGCCUGAGAGAACGUUUUCAGAUGUUCCAGCUGGCUUACACACACACACACACACACAUCGAGACAUUUGUACAUGCUGUAGGCAUAAGCCUUAGUGUCUUUGCUGCAGAGGCUGUUUGCUUUUGGCCUGAGUGUAGGAGAGGGGAAGUUAAGUUUUAUGUCAUACCAGUGGAGAUCAAAGUGUCUUUGGACCUAUGUUACUUCUGUUUGCUGAGCACACAGGCUUUAAUCUGUAUUCAUGUCAACACUGAAAACAAAAAAUGUUGAAAAUAGAUUUUUUUUUUGCUUGUCUGCAGAUUCAAAUCAAUCAAGCCUAUGCUGUGUAAAAGAAAUUAUGAGUACUAUUGGUACUAAAUUAUUAGUACUAUUUGUACUAACACAAGAAAACUAAUUUUUACUGUUGCGGGUGACGUAUGACCAAAUGUUGGCGCAGGAUCAGUCCUAUAAUUUUCUAUAUUGGGUUAUCAUUUCUAAUUUGCAAUGUGCACUACUCUAAUCUUUCAGACUGACACUUAAAGAUACUAAUGCCAGCUGUAAAUUUGUAUAAAGGUUAUAUUUAUUCUUGUAACCAGACCUUCAGAGCACUUGGGGCUGCCUAAGUUUGAGUCUCGGCACAGGUGGCGAGGUUCCUCCUUAAUUUAUCAUACAAGUUUGGCCUCUUACCCCACGAACAUUGUCAGUUACUUAAACCUCUUUAAAACCAAACACUAAUCUAGCCAGCAAAAAGAGGUAAUCUAGAAUAAACUCAGUUGUUAAAAAUCAAGUAACUGUUUUCAACUGAAAAUAAGUAAGAUGUAGCAGAGGAUGCAAUGGUUUGUGUGUCAAUGGUCUGUGACACCUUGUCUAACAACUAAGUGCUUCCCUUGAAUUCACAGUACUAUUCCAAAUUAAUAUUCCUUAAAUUCUGAUCUUUGUUUUAUGCCGUGUCAAUUUAAAUUUAGACUCUAUUGUGAUGAUAAAAGUAUUCAGAUACAUCUGAGUAUAUAUCUGUCUGACAUAGAUAUAGAGAUGAAUAUAAAUAUUCUUCAAUUUGAUUGUCAAGCCUAAUCUAGCACUGAUAUUUAAUUUUGUGAGGAAAAAUAAUAUUAUUUAACUUGCUGCCGUGUUCACUCAGUAGCUUUAUCAGAAUUGUUGCUUUCUGAUUUGGCAUGUAGAUUUCACAAAGAAGUCAACUAUUAUAUCUGACAGGAAUCCUCCGUGUACACUAAAAGACCAAAAGGUCAAGGAACACAGCCACAACGUCAGAUAAGAAUGCUAUUUUUGCUGCUUCCCUAUCAACCCAGUUGACUGACGAGGAAGAUGAAAAGACAGUGUUCCGUUAAUUCCUACUGCUGGCUAGUUCAAGUUGAGAAGUGCAGGAGAUGGCCGUUACACAAGUUCUACAAUCAACAGUUUCUAACCUGGUGGCGAUUGUUUACUGUUUAAUGUAUACCUUAAGUUCUUACUGUAAUCCUGUGUUUUAUAUUUUUUAUUAAUUUAUAUCUAUUUUUAAACAAGCUAGGCCUUUUGUGUUUUGUGUCAAAGUCUACGACUGUAUGAGCAGGUGUGCAAGGAUUUGGAGAAGAGUGGCGAUACAUUAGCUGAAGCCAAGUGCACUGUGGGUAAAGAAUGUUUCCAGAAAGUUUACUGUGAAGGGAAAAGAGAAGGGUCGAAACAGACUUAUCAGGAGGGCUUAGUUUUAUGUUCCCGAGUCGGGCUGUGCGAUAUGACCAAAAUCUCAUAUGACGAUAUCGGUCACUCAUAUCAUGAAAACGAUGCAUAUCACGAUAUGGGUCGUUCAUAUAACGAUACAUAUCACGAUAUAGGCCGUUCAUAUCAUGCUAAUGAUACAUAUCACGAUACAGGUCAUUCAUAUAACGAUACAUAUUAUAUAGGUCAUUCAUAUCACGAUAACGAUACAUAUCACGAUAUAGGCCAUUCAUAUCAUGAUAAUAAUACAUAUCACGAUAUAAGCCGCUCAUAUGAUAACGAUACAUAUCACGAUAUAGGUCAUUCAUAUAACGAUACAUAUGAUAUAGGCCAUUCAUAUCAUGACAACGAUACAUAUCCCAAUAUAGGUCGUUCAUAUGAUAACGAUACAUAUGAUAUAGGCCAUUCGUAUCAUGACAACAAUACAUAUCACGAUAUAGGUCAUUCAUAUGAUAACGAUACAUAUGAUAUAGGUCGUUCAUAUGAUAAUACAUAUCACGAUAUAGGUCAUUCAUAUCAUGGUAAUGAUACAUAUGAUAUAGGUCGUUCAUAUGAUAACGAUACAUAUCACAAUAUAGGUCAUCUUCUGUAAAUUAAUUGAAUAAAUAGUUUAUAUAAAAUGACCACAUGGAAAGGCCUAUUAUUACAUUUUGAAUUAUAUACUCGACAAAUAAAAGGUACUUACUCAUAUUUGAUUAUUUUUCUCCCUUUAUUUUGAACCUUUGCGCAUCUUUUCAAUGACGCAUGUAACAAAAUAACAAAAUUGGGGCCAUGUCUUUGCAGAUGUAGGUUGCAGCGGCAGUCGUUCUCUCCUUCCAUCUUCGUGAUUCUUUGACAUGUGGUGUGAAGGAGCCUCUUGCAGCGUCUGAGUGUGGGGUUUGUUUUCAGCACUCGACAUGUGUAGACUCUGUCCGUACCGUUUGACAGGAUUCUUGUGCAGGUGGUAAAAGAGGCUCGUGGUGUUUGCGUCUGUUGUGGGGACCGGUAUGCGGCAUAUUUUGCAAAGUAGAGUUUUCUGGUCCGUGUCAGACUUUUCAUACCCAAACCACGUCCACAUGAUAGACGUAGCCCCUCUUUUAGGUACAAGCUGCUCCUGGUUUUGUCCUGGCUGGUUGGAGUCCUUCUGUUGGGAAUUAGCGCGUUCUGCGUUACCUUCACUGUCCUCCAUGUUUGUUUGUAUUGCCUUCAUGCAAAUGUCCUCAGCGUCCCUGGUGUGCAAAGAGUGGUAAGGGUCGUCCAAAUAACGAAAAAUAUUGCCGUAAAGAGGAUGAUUUGCGACACAGCGAAAUAGACGAUAGAGCUUAAUAUGAAACGUCAGACGUUUUCUAUCGCCACACGAUCCAUGUCGUCAUAUCACACAGCCCUAUUCCCGACUAUUUUAAAGGCUUUCCUGGGUGUCAUUGUGCCAGACAAUGGGUGGUUGGUCGGGAGCAUGGGACAACGUGGUCCGAUCACCUCUGGCCAUUUUGUGCCCUGGAUAAUUGAGAAUGCCAUUCCUGGAUUUGGGAAUUUGUGGUAAGGAGAUGACUAACAUUGUAUCUGUUGGGUUGCUUGAUGUUUUUAGAAGAAUACAGUUUGACUUAACCUAUGCAUUCAGAGUCUGAUAUUUUUAUAAACACCAUGUGUACCUUGAGAAAUUACCUUAGGCACUGUUAAACAUUUGAUUUUGGAUCUUGGGAUAUGUAUCUGUUCUUUGAUAAAGCAUGGUGAAUC